CUUGUGAUGCUAGUCCUACUGGUAUUGGGGCUGUAUUAUCUCAUAAAUUACCAGAUGGUACAGAAAAGCCUAUUGCCUUUACUUCCCGGACAUUAAAUAAGGCCGAACGUGCUUAUGCACAAAUAGAUAAAGAAGCUCUUGCUAUAGUUUAUUCAGUUAAGUAUUUUCAUCAAUAUGUAUAUGGUCGUGAAUUUAUACUUAGAACAGAUCAUAAGCCUUUAGUAGUUAUUUUUGGUCCUAAAAAAGGUAUAGAUAAUGGUAAUGCGGAUGCAUUGUCAAGACUUCCUUUAGAUACCACUGCGAGUUCUAAUAUUUUAGAAUCAGAUAAUUACUCUAUUAAUUUAAUCACUGAAAAUAUUAAAACAAUUUCUGAUUUAGAUAUUUGUGAGGAAAUUAAAAAAGAUACUAUUAUUAAACAAGUUUUUUUUAGCGUUUUCACUGGUCAGUGGCCUACUGACAUUAAAAAGGUAUCUGAAGAAUUGAAACCAUAUUUUAACCGUAAGGAUCAAUUUUCAAUUGAACAAGGAUUAUUAUUUUGGGGGCAUCGUUUAGUAAUACCGUCUAAAUUUCGGACUGAAUUGUUAACUGAAUUACACAGCACUCACUUAGGUGUUGUUAAAAUGAAAAGUAUCGCUCGUUCUUUUAUUUGGUGGCCUGGAAUUGAUUUAGAAAUUGAAGGUAUUACAAAAAGAUGUGAACUUUGUUUGAUUCAUAGUGAGAAUCCUCCAAAGGCAGUUCUACAUAGUUGGCCUUGGCCUGAUGGUCCAUCUCUUAGGGUUCAUUUAGAUUUUUUAGGUCCUGUUAAUAAAAGAAUGUUUCUUGUGAUUAUAGAUGCCUUUUCAAAGUGGGUGUAUGUGAAAUUUAUGCCGAAUAUAACUACUUCUUCAACUAUUAAAAUUUUAAGAGAAUAUUUUGCUUAUUGGGGCAUUCCUGCAAAACUUGUGACUGAUAAUGGUCCAUCUUUAUGCUCGAAAGAGAUGGAAGAUUUUUUACAAAAAAAUAGAGUUUUUCAUAUUAAAACUUCACCGUAUAAUCCUGCAUCAAAUGGUGCAGCUGAAAAUCUUGUUCGCACUUUCAAAAAUUUUAUAAAAAAAUGUAACCCUAAUUCUGACAUUGAAGUUGAUGUAUAUAGAUUUGUUAUAUCGUACAACAGUACAAAACACUGUUCUACAGGUGUUACUCCGGCAGAAUUACACAUUGGGCGUACCUUGCCAACUCAAUUCGAUAGACUAAUUCCUUUUGCUAAGAAUAAAUAUAACAAGUGUUUGGAAAAUGCUAAACAUGUUUUUAGAGGCAAUAGAGAGAAAUCCUAUAAGAUUGGAGAUACUGUUAUGUGCAGAAAUUAUGGUUCUGGUAAUAUGUGGGUACCAGGUACAAUUAUUAAAGUAUUGUCACCUGUUACUUAUCUGGUUCAAAUUAAUAAUUCUUUAAUGUGGAAAAGACAUAUUAAUCAAAUUAUUGAUAGAGUUAAAAAUGUUAAUGUUAAUCAUAAACAUUUGAAUGAUAUUGAAACUAGGUUAAGUGAAAACAAACCAGUAAUUGAAAGUAUUAUUGAGGAAGGAGGAAAAGUUAGUACAGAGGUAGAGAAUACUAAGUCUGAUGUUAUUGAAGUUAAGCCAGAAGUCACACAGGUUAGGAAGAGUGAUAGGAUUAUUAAAAAACCUCAAAAGUUAAAUUUGUAA